AUGUCCCUAUCGUCUUCGCAAGCAGGCUCAGCAGAAGCUUGUACAGCUACCUACGCCCAAAAUCAAGCUAAAUCAAGCCCAGGCCAACGAGUAAUUAUCUACAAGCUCUCACCGGACCAGUUACACGCCGAGAUCGCCGCUGUUGGAUCUUAUGGGAACGUGACAUAUGCCGUCGUAUUGCAGAAACAAGCUGAUGCAGACCCUAUCGGCGACACCGAGACCGAGAAGAAGAAGAAGGAGACGAAGGCAAAUUUGGAGGCUGCCCAAUUGCAUAAUGCGCCCGGUUUACAGACUGGUAGAUCGUAA